UAUAUUCCUUGACAUUCGUGAAUCCCAUCUCCGGCAUCGCGAAUCCAGUGAUCAUUGGGGAAAUUAAAAUGCGAGGAAGGUGGCAAGACAUGACAGCCCACGAUCGAAUGCAAUUACGAGCGUUUAGUUCAGUCCAUAAUCGGAAUCCUGUAUGGUUAACAUGACAUCAACAAAACGUCUUAAAAUGUUAGAAAUCGAACAGAAAAAAUUAGAUUACCGAUUUGGUUGAGUCGCGGACUAGGUCUCUCUCUUUAAGACAUUCGCGGCACUGCCUCAUUAUUCGCACAACAGACUAUCAGCCGGUCGCCUCCAGGAUAAAACAGCCACUCUUUUGAUUUGCUCAGCAGUUUUGUGAGGAAAACCGGAGCUCUUUGAAUCUCACUCUCUCUUGUGUUUAUGCUCUUCUGAGGUGUGUUUAGAGGGUCUAGUGGACUGCUAUUUAUAGGAGCAGAAAACCUAGAAUAUUCCCUCUUUCUUUGGGAAUAAGCCACAUUUUAAUUAGGAAGAUAAUUACUUUCAUAAUUAAAAUAUAUUAUAUUAAGAUAAUUAAUCCUAAUUAUCUCCAUAAUAUUCUUUUUAUUAAUUAUCGUUCUUAUUUUCGUAUCUAGAAAGAAUACGAGAUAAUUAAUUCAAUAUAGCUUUCAAAACUAUUCAUUUCCAACAGCGCUCCUUGAUAAAUUAUCCAAACUAGACCCGACCUAUCAUGAGACGGAUAUGGAUAUCGAGAUACCUGCCCUCUGCCAUUCCUACCCUUGACCCCACCAUAUGCAUUGGACGUCGCCGUAUUUUUGUUGAUUAAAAUUUUGGUUAAGCCGAAACCCAAGUCAAUCAAACCCAUAACAAAUUAGCCGCUUUGAACGAACUAGACCCGUAUUCGGCCGACUCAUCGGCCCAACUUUCCCUAGUUUCGCAAAUACGGCAGCGUUUUGAGUUCAAAGCCCACAAUUAGGUACGAAGCCUCCUCGCCCUCGUCCUUCUCCCCAUAGAGGAACGGAAAUUCUGAUACCCUCCCUCCCAACUCCACCGUAGCGCAGCCGCCUCCUCUCCGUCGAACUUAUUUCUGUUCACCAAUUCGUCGCCGCCUUAGGGGCCGUUGCUAGUUUUUAUCCACGCUAAGCCGCCGAAGCUUCGACCUGCAGAGUUGCCGUCUUCGCCGGCCUUCUUCGUCGUGGUCUGAAUUGGCGCCACCGUGCUUGAACGAAGCCUUCAUACUUCUUUGUCUCUGUUCAGAGGGCGCCGGGGUGCUGAACAAGCUUUUGAAGGCUGUAUUUCGACUCCCACAGUUGGUUUAAAAAUGGGGUCAGUGAAGAGAAAGUCUGUUGAGGAACCAACGGGGGAGACUCCACCGCCGCAGAAGCAGCAAAGAGAGAACGGUUCAGCGUUUCAGAAUGGGCAAGUAACUUGUGUGCACGAUGUCUCGUACCCGGAAGGCUACGUUGCUCCUCCUCCUUCUGACCCUGCAGCUCAGAAGCCCGACAGGCCAGCAAAAGAAUUCCCCUUCACUCUUGAUCCUUUCCAGUCCAAGGCUAUCAGCUGCCUCGACAAUGGGGAGUCUGUCAUGGUCUCAGCGCAUACCUCAGCUGGCAAAACUGUGGUAGCGUUAUAUGCUAUUGCUAUGUCUCUGAGGAACCAGCAAAGAGUCAUAUACACCUCACCAAUCAAGGCGUUGAGCAAUCAAAAGUACAGGGAGUUCAAAGAAGAGUUCUCUGAUGUCGGUCUGAUGACGGGAGAUGUCACGAUCGACCCUAAUGCUUCUUGUUUGGUUAUGACCACUGAAAUCUGGCGUAGCAUGCAGUACAAAGGGUCGGAAAUCACCCGGGAAGUGGCUUGGGUAAUUUUUGAUGAGGUGCAUUACAUGCGUGAUCGAGAAAGGGGUGUAGUGUGGGAGGAAAGCAUUGUUAUGGCCCCGAAAAAUUCCCGCUUUGUUUUCCUUUCUGCUACUGUACCUAAUGCAAAAGAGUUUGCUGAUUGGGUUGCCAAGGUCCACAAACAGCCAUGUCACAUAGUGUAUACUGAUUAUCGACCGACGCCUCUUCAGCAUUAUAUUUUUCCUGCCGGGGGUGAUGGUUUGUACUUGGUGGUGGAUGAAAAGGGAAAGUUUAGAGAGGAAAGCUUUCAAAAAGCUCUAAAUGCUCUGAUUCCCAAGGGUGAAAAUGAGAAGAAAAGAGAAAAUGGGAAGUGGCAGAAGGGUUUGGUGGUGGGGAAGCUUGGUGAAGAAAGUGACAUUUUUAAGAUGGUGAAGAUGAUCAUUCAGCGCCAGUAUGAUCCUGUUAUACUCUUCUCUUUCAGCAAAAGAGAAUGUGAAUUUCUUGCUAUGCAGAUGGCAAAGAUGGAUCUUAAUGACGAUGAUGAGAAAGCAAACAUAGAAAACAUCUUUUGGAGUGCCAUGGACAUGCUUUCAGACGAUGACAAAAAGCUGCCCCAGGUUUCAAAUAUGCUACCUCUCUUAAAGCGUGGCAUUGGCGUGCAUCAUUCUGGGUUGCUACCUAUUCUGAAGGAAGUUAUUGAGAUUCUAUUUCAGGAAGGAUUGAUCAAGUGUCUAUUUGCCACAGAAACCUUCAGCAUUGGUUUAAACAUGCCUGCAAAAACUGUGGUGUUCACAAAUGUUCGGAAGUUUGACGGCGAUAAGUUUAGAUGGCUAUCUAGUGGAGAGUACAUACAGAUGAGUGGGCGAGCUGGUCGUCGAGGAAUUGAUGACAGAGGGGUUUGUAUCCUUAUGGUGGAUGAGAAGCUUGAGCCGUCUACUGCCAAGUCAAUGGUUAAAGGAAGUGCUGACAGUUUGAACAGUGCAUUCCAUCUAAGCUACAACAUGCUUCUGAAUCAAAUGCGAUGUGAAGAUGGGAAUCCUGAAAAUCUGCUCCGGAAUUCUUUCUAUCAGUUUCAAGCUGACCGCGCCAUUCCUGAUCUAGAGAAACAAGUGAAAUUUCUGGAGGAAGAGAGGGAUUCAAUCGUCCUAGAAGAAGAAGAUAAUCUGAAGAACUAUUAUGAUAUGAUUCAACAAUACAAAAGCUUGAAGAAGGACGUUCGUGAUAUUGUGUUCUCUCCUAAACACUGUUUGCCAUAUCUUCAAUCAGGCAGGCUUAUUUCUGUUGAGUGCUCUGUGGUUGAUGAGGAUUCAUCAUCUUUCUUGAUAGAGGACCGAGUUACAUGGGGUAUCAUCAUCAAUUUUGAAAGAGUGAAGGGUGUUUCUGAAGAUGAUGCAAGUAAAAAACCAGAACAUUCCAAAUACACCGUUGAUGUUCUUACAAGGUGUUCGGUAAACAAAAGCGGAGUUGCUAAAAAGACCAUAAAGAUAAUUCCAUUGAGAGAACCUGGAGAACCAUUGGUUAUUUCAGUCCCAAUCUCCCAGAUUUAUAGCUUGAGUAGUGCUCGCUUGUACAUGCCAAAAGAUCUUUUGCCUCUGGAAGUACGAGAGAACACUCUGAAGCAAGUUGCUGAAUUUCUUUCUAGAAACCCUAGUGGAUUGCCUCUAGACCCAGAAGGGGAUAUGAAGAUCCAAAGCAGCUCUUAUAGCAAGGCAGUCAGACGCAUAGAGGCUUUAGAGCACCUAUUUAAAAAGCAUGAUAUUGCGAAGUCUCCUCUUAUUGAGCAGAAGCUUAAGGUAUUACACACAAAGCAAGGUUUGACAUCCAAGAUCAAGGCCAUCAAGAAAGAAAUGCGUACAUCCACUUCGUUGGCUUUUAAAGAUGAGCUGAAAGCUAGAAGACGGGUUCUUCGUAGACUGGGAUAUGCUACCCGUGAUGAUGUUGUAGAGUUGAAAGGAAAAGUGGCAGGUGAAAUUAGUAGUGCGGAUGAAUUGGUAUUAACUGAACUAAUGUUCAAUGGGGUUUUAAAGGAUGCCACAGUUGAACAGAUGGUGGCUCUUCUCUCUUGUUUUGUUUGGCAAGAGAAACUCAAAGAUGCUGCCAAACCCAGGGAAGAACUUGACUUGCUGUUUUUGCAGUUGCAAGAGACAGCUCGAAGAGUGGCCAAACUGCAGCUUGAGUGCAAGGUGGAAAUUGAUAUAGAGAAUUUUGUGGGCUCUUUCAGGCCCGAUAUCAUGGAAGCCGUUUAUGCUUGGGCCAAAGGUUCUAAAUUCUAUGAGAUCAUGGAGAUCACACAGGUAUUUGAAGGUAGUUUGAUCAGAGCUAUUAGGAGAUUGGAGGAAGUGCUUCAACAGCUUAUAGAAGCUGCAAAGUCCAUUGGUGAAAUAGAACUGGAGGCGAAAUUUGAAGAAGCCGUUUCCAAAAUCAAGAGAGACAUUGUAUUUGCCGCAUCGCUCUACUUGUAGUUAUCCUUUAUUCUGAUGGUUUCACGAUGGUCAAGUGCAAAUGAGAUGACAUAUUAAACCCUGGGAGCCAAAGUUUCCUGCUUGGAGGGUGGAGAAAGAAUCUGUAAUGAAAGGGACGGAUGCCGUUGCUUACAUUGCAUGAUAGAGCUGAAGAGGAAAGUGAAAAGCAUUGCUUCCUAUUCCAUCUAUAUGAUCUGCUGCGGGAAACAUGAGCUUCUUGGCCAUACCCUCUAUCAGCCAAACAACUAGUGAUCUCCAAGAAGAACGGUCAGUUGAUUCUGAAGGUUUAAGGUAUGGUUUUCGUCUGCUAUAGAAUGGUGGAUUUGAUAUCUAUCAUGCUUUUAUAAGUCAUAUAUAUAAGGCCUUAUCCUAAGCA